AUGAACGCGAGGCUGGCGCUGGUGCUCUGUGAGUUUCUGUUCAUUGCUUCGACUGCAAUUCCCGACAUUUGGUAUAACUCGCAGGGAAAACAGCGUCUCUACGAUCAUUUGCGUGAAUGUGCCUCAUGGGGCAUUGAAAUGGCCUUGGCUCGAUGGGCUACAACUAAGAGGAAUGUUAGUGAAGCCAUACGAAGAAUGCCCGCCAGAUAUCUAUUCCUCGUCAAGAAAUGGCGAAUCUACGACAUGUGGCUAGGCCCAGAGAUGCUGAUGAUGACAGCAUGUUGGUGGCUAACCGUUGCGGUCAACUUACUUUGCUGUGAGAAGAUACACCUGACAUGGGCCCUCCAGGCCUUCAAGUGUACCCGCCAGCGCGAAGUCCAUGUGUUCAUAGCUGACGCAGAUGUACGCCAAAGUGCUCAUGCACGAUGCUAUCGUUGGAAGCAUGCUGCUAUCAUGUGCGCAUCAACGGUGAGGGUUGCCUUGUUCGAAACCGAUAUGGCGUUCCCGCCUGGCCCAUCGUACCUCGCCCGCACGCUUACAAUCUUCUCCAUUGCCCCGGCAGCAAUGGUGAUCUUGAUACGGCUACUGAAUCAGAAUACUGACCUGGCGAUCCCCGCAUGGUUGACCGCGAUCCUCGCUUUCUUGAGCAUUCCCGUUCGUGGAAUCAUCGCCGUUCAAGCAAACUGGGACUAUAAGGCACAAAUUGCUGACUCGAGCAUUCGUCUCGCGAUCAUCUGUCAAUUCGCAGGAGAUUCUGUAUCGGAGAAGUUCGAUGAAUUCGCGCCCACAUUUCGACUGAAUAUUUUGUGGGACCAAGAUAUUUUGACCUGUGAUCCUGCCGUCAUCAAAACCGUGCUUGCUACGGAGUUCCACAACUAUGAGAAGGGCGCAUUGUUCAAGGAGCCGAUGACUUCGUUGCUUGGCACAGGUGUAUUCAAUUCUGAUGGGGAAAUGUGGAAAUGGCAUCGGGCUAUGACCCGCCCGUUCUUCAGCAAGGGCCGCAUUAGCCACUUCGAGCUGUUCAACCGCCAUUCCGAAGAAGCCCUUGCAAAGAUGAAUGAAUGUUUCAGAGCUGGGUACGCUGUCGACUUUCAGGAGCUGAUCUUGCGCUUCACCUUGGAUUCCGCCACAGAGUUUCUCUUCGAUUCCUGGGAGCUCGAUCGAGCCGAUGCCUUCGCGCGGGCGCUCGCCAACGUACAGCACGUCAUCUCGGAGCGCGCACAACUCGGGGAGAUCUCGCCAGUUUUUGAGAUACGAAAGAACAAAGCGGACGAGUAUAUGCGUGUCGUCGAUGAUUAUGUCGGCCCUAUCUUGCAGGAGGCGCUGAGGAAGAAGGAACAGAUGAUUAAGGAUGGAAAGUGGGGAAAGGAGAGAGAUGAGGCCGUGGAGGAUGAUGAUUCCUUGCUGGAUCACUUGAUCAGAUAUACGAGUGGCCCGGUUGUUCUGCACGACGAGGUUCUCAACAUCCUGAUUGCAGGACGGGAUACAAUAGCGGCCUCUUUGACCUUUGCAGUUUACUUUCUCUGUGUGUAUCCCGCUGUCUUGAAGCGCUUGCGUUCCGAGAUUUUGGAAAAAGUCGGUCCCCGCCAGAAGCCUACGUACGCGAACGUCAAAGAGAUGAAGUUCCUUCGAGUGUUCAUCAAAGAGACGCUGAGGUUGUACCCUGCUGUUCCGUUCAACAUGCGUGUGUCAUACUCGGUGUUCGCCAUGCAUCGCAGGACAGAAUACUGGGGACCUGAUGGUGGGUACCGAGCUAUUGUGCGGAUCGGCAUCCCUAACAGACGCAUACAUGUAGCUCAAGAAUUCGAUCCGGACCGUUUUCUGGAUGAGCGGGUGACCAAGUACCUUACGCCGAACCCGUUCAUCUUCCUUCCAUUCAACGCGGGUCCGCGCAUCUGCCUCGGCCAGCAGUUCGCAUACAACGAGAUGUCUUUCUUCCUCAUCAAGCUCUUGCAGCACUUCUCCGCGAUGGAGCUGGUGCCCGAGGCCGCCCCGCAGGACUCGCAGCCGCCGCGAGAGUGGGCAGGUCUGCCUGGGAGUAAGGGCGUAGAGAAAAUCUGGCCGAAGACGCAUCUUACUCUGUAUGCGAAUGGCGGGCUUUGGGUGAGAAUGACGGAAACGCCACAGUACGAACUGGACAGCAUUGAGAUGUAA